AUGGAUAUAGAAGGAAUUAAUGUGCUUGAUGAAGCUGAGGAAGUGGGACAAAGUACUCGUAAAAAGACAAUUCGAAAAAAAAAAAUUCUAGACGUGGCUGAAAAGGCGCGAGACGAAUUUGCAUCUGAAUUUGGAUACAUUUUCAUGGAUUUUCUUGAAGA